GAGAAGUUUAGGGUCUUGUCAACAGUUUCAACUUUCAAGGGAUCACGGUAGCAGGUCGGUGCCCAUUCCGUACUUCUUGAAUAAUCCAGAAAUCUGGACGCGAUUCAGAUUUCAUUCACUUUGUGCUCUACAAUUCUUGAAGGAAGGCAGUUCAUUGUGCUGUGGUAUAUUUAGGCGAGUUUGUUCCUCAAGUAUUUUACACUUGUUAAAAGUGUUAGUCCUUUUUACUUGAAAGAAUUAAUGGUGGGCCAUAUAACAUAUACACCGCCACCUUAUAUGCCCCUGGGGCAGUCCGAUGCAGAAACGGAUGCAGCACAAUCCCCUGCAGACGCGACAUCUACAGCACUGAACAUUAGGCCAGAGCAGUGGUCUUCAGGAAUCUGUGCUUGUUUUGAUGAUAUGCAGAGCUGUUAUGUUGGAUUAUUUUGUCCUUGCUAUCUUUUUGCAAAAAAUGCAGAGUCUUUAGGCUCUGGAACUCUAGUGGGAUCUUGUGCGAUGCAUUUUAUCUUGUGGGCCUUUCUUAAUACCUUUUGCUGUUUAUUUACCGAGGGCUUUACAUUGGGUAUACCUGGAUGCUUUGCUGCAUUCUACGCAUGUGGUUACCGGAGAACAUUAAGGACGAAGUACAAUUUGCCGGAAGCACCGUGUGGAGAUUUCGUCACCCAUUUCUUCUGUCAUCUCUGUGCGAUAUGUCAAGAAUACAGAGAAAUCCGCGAGAGGUUUCGAGAUUCAAAUUCGGGUUUGAAUUUAGUGCAGGUGACAGCCCCUGCAAUGCAAACAAUGGAAUCGACUUCUGGUAAAUAAUCUGUGAUGUUUUUCUCUCCUAUAUUGUUCUGCAUUGCCUUGUAAUGCCUUUGAACAAGAUUCAUUUCAUUGUAAAGGGAUUUUCUGUUGCACUGCACUA